AUGAGAAGAGGAAAGAAACAGGAAUCCAAGAAACAAUUGAAGAUUAAUGAGGCCACCAACAAGGAUGGAAGAGACUACCUAAGAGAGAUGGAAGUAUCAGGAGAGUAUAUAAGAACCCCCUCAAUAGCAGCAACCUCAGGCGAUAAUGACACAAUUCCAAAACAUCCGGAGGGCAAAAUCAUCCAAUACCCAUUCGCAAAAAUUCCCGACCAAUAUCCAAAAACAAACAGCGGAUCUAAUGACAUAAACCCGAAGUACAACAUAAAUAAGAAUUUAAACGAAGGAUUACACAAAAAAAUAUAA